AGGGGGGGGGGGGAGAAGUGAGAAGUCGCCUUCUGACCUAUCCCUUCCCUCUGACAUUCCAUCUCUGCAAACUUCCCAAUUUUCUUUCUCCCCUUUUUUUUAAUAUUCAAGUCAUUUGUUUAUUCACAGAGUUACAAAAUUUGUCCCUUUCCUUUUCUCAAAUUCUCUCCAUCCUGUCUCCUUCAACAUCCAGGCUGAUUAUAUAUAGUCCAACACCAAAAGUGGGUUUUUUACUCACCGUAUGUAUCUUUGCUUCUGUCUUUACCCAGAAAACGCAGCCCCUCAGCUGUGAAAUUUGGUGGUUGGUUUUUAAGCGAGUACGUAAUUGGAAAAUUUUAUAGCAGUGUUUGUAUGAAUAUGGACAGUCUUAUAAAUGUAUCUGCUUCCUUGGUUGGAUCUGCUGGGACAGUUGUUUGAUAUUUAUUGCAUAUCAGCGUUCUUGUUGAUUUUGGCACAUAAAGAUGCCUGGCAUUGUUACUGACGAAGUUAGUGAAGAAGGGGUUGUGAAUGAACUGAAUAGAAAUUCUACCCCUAUCAAGGAAAAUUUAGUUGCAAAUAAGUCGCCAAAGAGUUCUUUGAGUCCACAAAGCCCUCGGAAUGCAGGUAAUGAUCUCCCUGUUAAUGUGGUGGUUGAGACCUCGAUCGAGCAACUUUAUGAAAAUAUAUGUGACAUGCAAAGUUCUGAUGAGUCACCCUCCAGGCGAAGCUUUGGAUCUGAUGGUGAAGAGUCGAGGAUUGAUUCAGAAUUGCAAUAUCUGGUAGGAGCGGAAAUGAGGGAGGUGGAGAUAAUGGAAGAAGAAGUAGUUGAUAAGCCAGACUAUGAUUCGCGUAGCUAUUCUUCCUCUAAGAAGGGAAAUUUAUCCAAUGGUAAGAAGUCAGGGACGAUGGAGGAGACCCAAUCUGCAAGUGUGAAUUCUGUUUCUCGAGGGCAUUCGAAGCAACCUUCUCGCUUGCAGUGGGACUCUGAAACAUCAUUAAAAUCUAGUCUCAAUGGCAAAGGUCCCCCUGAGAAACCUCACACUGACAGGCGGAACAAUAAGAGUUUGAAAAAACAAAACAAAGGUGUCACUCUCACGAAGAAGCAGAGAAAUUCGCCUAUGGGAGUGUCUAAAUUGCCGAAUGAAUCCAAGGGUUCGACUGAAUCAGAAUUAGCCAUUCCGGAUCUGGGACCCUUUUUGCUCAAGCAAGCAAGGGAUUUGAUUUAUUCAGGGGAUAAUCCCCAGAAAGUGCUUGAAUUAGCUCUCCGAGCAGCAAAAUCAUUUGAAAUAUGUGCAAAUGGGAAACCUAGUUUAGAAUUGGUCAUGUGCUUGCAUGUUAUAGCGGCAAUAUACUGCAGCUUAGGCCAGUACAGUGUGGCGAUUCCCAUUCUUGAGCGUUCCAUUGAAAUUCCAGCUAUUGUGGAAGGUCAAGAGCAUGCUCUUGGUAAAUUUGCCGGUCACAUGCAACUGGGUGAUACUUAUGCAAUGCUUGGCCAGCUGGAGAAUUCGAUAAUGUGUUACAAAACAGGGUUGGAAGUCCAGAGACAAGUUCUGGGAGAAACUGACCCAAGAGUGGGAGAGACUUGUAGGUAUUUAGCUGAAGCUCAUGUUCAAGCAUUGCAUUUUGACGAGGCUGAGAGGCUUUGUCAAAUGGCACUUGACAUUCAUAGAGAGAAUGGUUCACCUGUUUCUCUUGAAGAAGCAGCAGAUAGGAGGCUGAUGGGUCUUAUAUGUGAAACAAAAGGAGAUCAUGAGGCUGCACUUGAGCACCUGGUUUUAGCCAGCAUGGCCAUGGUGGCAAAUGGCCAGGAGGCGGAAGUGGCUUCGGUUGAUUGCAGCAUUGGGGAUAGCUACUUAUCUAUGUCUCGGUAUGAUGAAGCUGUUUUUGCUUAUCAGAAAGCACUCACAGUUUUCAAGACCACCAAAGGAGAAAAUCAUCCUGCUGUUGGUUCAGUCUUUGUCCGUCUAGCUGACUUGUAUAACAAGACGGGGAAAAUAAAAGAAUCAAAAUCAUACUGUGAAAAUGCCCUCCAGAUCUAUGAAAAGCCCAUUAUUUUUGGGGUAUCUCCAGAGGAGAUUGCAAGUGGGCUCACUGAUGUUUCUGCGAUCUAUGAAUCGAUGGAUGAGCUUGAGCAGGCACUCAAAUUGUUGCAGAAGGCAUUAAACAUAUAUAAUGAUGCCCCUGGUCAGCAAAGUACAAUCGCCAGCAUCGAAGCCCAGAUGGGGGUCAUGUACUACAUGUUGGGGAAUUAUUCUGAUUCUUACAACUCCUUCAAGAAUGCUAUCUCAAAGCUCCGCGCAAGUGGAGAGAAGAAAUCUGCCUUCUUUGGAAUUCUUCUCAAUCAAAUGGGCCUUGCUUGUGUGCAGCGUUAUGCUAUAAAUGAGGCUACAAAAUUAUUUGAAGAAGCCAGGAGUGUUUUGGAACAAGAGUGUGGACUCUAUCACCCUGAUACACUUGGGGUGUAUGGCAACCUUGCUGGCACGUAUGAUGCAGUUGGCAGGUUAGAUGAUGCAAUUGGAACUUUGGAACAUGUUGUUGGAACGAGGGAGGUAAAACUUGGGACUGCAAAUCCUGAUGUAAGUGAUGAGAAGAGGAGGUUGGCUGAGUUAUUAAAAGAAGCAGGCAGAGCUCGGAACAGAAAGGUCAGAUCACUAGAGAACCUCCUUGAUGCCAACUCUCAUGGUAUAAACAACAAUGGCAUCAAGGUAUGAUGAAGUUAUUUAAUGAAUAUGCAUAAAGUAUUAAAGGGGGCUUAUUUAUGUGUUUAAAGAAAAUGAAAGAAAAAGGAUAUGAAAAGAGAAAGGAGGGGUGUCGCGGUUGAAUGUAAUAAUUGAUAAUUGUACGGUGCUCGGUUGUAUCAUUGAUUCACAGAUUAUAUUGGUAAAACGUAAUAUUAUUUUUGUAAUAAACUAUUGGAGUAAUCAUGGGAAAUCUCUGUAACAAUCAAUUCGUUGUAUUA